AUGUAUGUGAAAGUUGAAACUGAACGAUUGAUAUUUAUCAGGUUAAACCAGGCAAAACUCCGUCCCGAGGAAUACAUUCAUCUUCGGGAUGCCAUUAAUGCUGAUGGAAAUGCACAGAAUGUUGGCAGAAAAACUAUUCUCCCAGCAACAUACGUCGGAAGUCCGCGACAUAUGCAUGAAUAUGCUCAAGAUGCUAUGUCCUAUGUACGACAUUAUGGCACACCAGAUUUGUUUAUCACGUUCACAUGCAAUCCAAAGUGGACAGAAAUUCAAAAAGAAUUAUUUAAUAGCCAAUCACCUAUUGAUCGCCACGAUAUCACUGCAAGGGUGUUCAAAAUGAAAUUAAAAUCACUCAUGGAUUUUAUUGUUAAGCAUCGCGUGUUCGGCGAGACGCGCUGUUGGAUGUACUCAGUUGAGUGGCAAAAACGCGGAUUGCCACAUGCACAUAUCCUCAUUUGGUUGGUUGAGAGGAUAAGACCGAAUGAAAUUGAUAAUGUGAUAUCAGCAGAAAUUCCCGAUAAUAAUGAAGACCCACUAUUACAUGAGGUUAUAACAAAAAAUAUGAUACAUGGUCCAUGUGGAAUAUUAAAUCCCAUUUCUCCGUGUAUGGUUGAAGGAAAAUGUUCAAAACGCUACCCAAGACAAUUAGUAGCAGAAACUAUUACUGGAAAUGAUGGAUAUCCACUUUAUCGCCGCCGAUCCAUUGAGGACAAUGGAAAGUCAACAAUAGUCAAAGUAAAUCGACAGGACAUUGAAAUUGAUAAUUGUUGGGUUGUUCCGUUUUCGCCAUUACUCUGCAAGGCAUAUAAAGCACACAUAAACGUAGAAUUUUGCCAUUCCGUAAAAUCUAUCAAAUACAUUUGCAAGUAUGUGAACAAAGGUAGUGACAUGGCUGUCUUCGGAGUUGCUGCUGAAAAUUCAAAUGAUGAAGUCACUCAAUAUCAAAUGGGCCGCUAUGUUAGUAGUAACGAAGGCAUGUGGCGUAUAUUUUCGUUUCCUAUACAUGAACGACACCCUACUGUUGUUCACUUGGCCGUACAUUUGGAAAAUGGUCAACGGGUGUAUUUUACAGAUGCAAACGUAUUACAACGAGUUGACAGGCCACCAUCGACAACAUUAACCAGCUUCUUUGAAAUGUGCCAGAAUGACGAUUUUGCCAGAACGCUACUUUACUCCGAAAUGCCAAGAUAUUAUACCUGGAAUCAAUCAUCAAAACAAUUUCAACGACGAAAACGAGGACAGCCAGUUCCAGGUUACCCACGAGUAUUUUCCACCGAUGCACUAGGUCGUCUUUAUGCAGUCCAUCCCAGUCAAGACGAGUGUUUUUAUUUGCGUUUACUGUUAGUCAAUGUUCGUGGUCCAACAUCAUUCAAACAUCUGCGAACUAUUAAUGGUGUAUUGUGUGGCACAUACAGAGAAGCCUGUCAACAUUUGGGAUUGUUAGAGAAUGACACUCAUUGGGACCACACUCUCGAAGAUGCUGUGAUUUCGUCAAAUGCUAAACAAAUACGAACAUUAUUUUCUAUAAUUUUGUCUACAUGCUUCCCAUCAACACCGACUGAUUUAUGGCAUAAAUACAAAGAUCAUAUGGCGGAAGAUAUAUUGCAUCAGAUGCGUCUUAGAACAUCGAAUGCAGAUUUGCAAAUGAACGAAGAAAUUCACAAUGAAGCAUUAAUUUUAAUUGAGGACAUGUGCUUGAUGCUUACCAACAAAUUAUUAACACAAAUAGGAAUGAUAGCACCCAAUCGCCCAAUGCACGACCCAUUUGAUCAAGAAUUGAGACGCGAAGCCCAAUACGAUUCCGAAACAUUACGAGAAAUGGUUGAUAGAACAGUUCCCCUUUUAAAUCAACAACAAAAAUAUGCCUACGAUACGCUCAUGAAAGUAGUGAACGAUGGAACUGGCGGAUUUUAUUUUUUAGAUGCUCCCGGAGGAACUGGGAAAACUUUUUUGUUAUCAUUGAUUUUGGCAACGAUUCGAUCGCAAAAUGGAAUUGCACUAGCCCUAGCUUCAUCAGGUAUUGCAGCUACGUUGUUGGAAGGCGGUCGAACAGCUCAUUCAGCUCUCAAGCUGCCGUUGAACCUUCAAAUUAAUGAAACUCCAACUUGCAACCUUUCGAGGAAUUCUGCGAUGGCCAAAGUGCUGCAGCAAACCAGAUUGAUCAUUUGGGAUGAAUGUACGAUGGCACACAAAAGAUCUUUGGAGGCAUUAGAUCGCUCGAUGCAAGAUUUACGAAAUAACAAAAACCUGUUUGGUGGUGCAAUGAUACUAUUGGCAGGUGAUUUUCGACAAAUAUUGCCAGUUGUUCCACGCUCAACGCCAGCUGAUGAACUGAAUGCAUGUUUGAAGUCGUCCAUUUUAUGGAAAUACAUUAAAACACUUAAAUUGAGUAUAAACAUGAGAGUCGAAUUGCAGGAAGACCAGUCUGGAGAAGUCUUUUCCAAACAACUGCUCGACAUUGGUAAUGGUAUUAUUGCUGUUGAUACAUCAUGUGGAUACAUUACAUUCCCUACCAAUUUUUGUAACUUUUGUGAAUCAAAGACUGAACUCAUGGAGAUGGUUUUCCCAAACAUUGCUCAAAAUUACGUAAAUCACGUUUGGUUAAGCGAACGUGUUAUAUUGGCCGCAAAAAAUGUUGAUGCGAAUGAAAUGAAUUUUCAGAUUCAAGAGAAAAUAGCUGGCGAAUUGAAGAAUUACAAAUCAGUAGAUUCCAUUACUAAUGAAGAUGAAGUUGUCAAUUAUCCAACAGAAUUUUUAAAUUCGCUGGAAUUGCCCGGCUUACCACCUCAUAAUCUGCAAUUAAAAAUCGGAUCAGUAAUUAUUAUGUUACGGAACAUAAACCAGCCACGUCUGUGUAACGGCUUGCGGUGA